GAAAUCUAAAAAAGUGAGCAUCUACUGGAUUACAAAAAUAAUAAUUAAAAAACAUUUGUGGAUUUUAUAAAAGCCUCGAAGCGAAAACUAUACAGGGUUCCUGUUGAUACUCCAGUAGUGUAACAUCACUUGAAGACGACUGUUGAAUACUAUUUUACAGCAAUUCUGCUUGUCAGGUGUACAAAAAUGAAAAAAAUAUUAAAACGGCGUAACUUCAAUUAGCGCAAUUUCCAUUCAAUCAGAACACAACAACCACAAGGUCCAUCGAUGGCUGGGCGUAUACUGCAGUCUUGAAGCACACACCAAACGGUCGAAACAAAGUGCAAAGUGUGAAAAAGCGCACAGAAAUAAUUUUGCUCACGCUUGAGUAGUGAAAUAGUUUUUUUCUUGUUUUUGUAACAAAAAAGUAAAUGCAAACAAAUAACAGGUAACGGCACGUGGAAAAUACACAUAAAAUAUUUAACUAAAAAAUUUGGAAAAUAACCUCUUAAACAAACAACAAGUUAGUAAUAAUAAAAACAGAACAAUAACAACAACCACAGCAGCAGCAACAAUGAAUGCGGCGCACAGCAAUAAUCGCCGCCGGCAACGGCAUAAGUCAGCAGGCGUAAUGGCCACACCAUCCGCAACAAUCGUUUCCACCGCCGCGGCAUUAUACGUUUGCCUGCAUAUCUGCUGUCUACUGCAGCUGGGCGAGGCACAUGUGGCGCUCACCUAUCCACCUGCGCGCAAAUAUGAUUUGGACUUUUUGGAUAACUCACGUACGAAGGGACCGUGUGGCAUGCCGAAAGGCACAAUACGUACUUCCUUACUAUCCGGUUCAAAAUUUAAUGCCACUUGGCACUUAGCAUACCCGCAUAAGGGCGGCUUCCGGCUGCAAUUACUCGACGCACUCGACCGCCCAGUGCUGGACCUAACACCGCACGUCAAUGGUGGCGAAUUCGUGCGCACCGACGUUACGGCCCAGUCCUUUCAGGUGAGCAUACCCAAAGAUUUUGAGUGCUUGAACUGCACACUGCGCCUAUUGCGUCAAGCUGAUGAAUGGUCGGAUGGUUAUCGUUUUUGGUCUUGCGCCGAUGUUGAUAUAAAGAAUCGCAAAGACUUUCGUGAGACUUGUUCGGGCAAUGGCAAAUAUUUCCCUUCACGUUGUAAAUGUGACAAGAACUUUUAUGGCCCGCAGUGUCAAUACAAAGAUGAGUGCACCAGCAAUCAGGACUGUGGUAAUCAAGGCAAAUGUAUCGAUCUUGCCGGUACAUCGCUGCCACGUAAACAGUGUUAUUGUAAUUUUGGUUGGCAUGGCAUCGGCUGUAAUAAGAAAUCACCCUUUAGGACUACUGAUUUAGAUAUGUCGGCCUAUUCAAUGAAACAAUUAUCGCCAGAUUAUCAAAUGUAUUGGCGUUUGUUAGAAGAGCAUAAGGAAAUUGAGGUUGUACUCAAAGUAAAUGGCACUUCUUGGGUAGGUUUGGGUUGGCGUCCCAAUUCACUUAACGCCGAGUGCAAAAAUUUCCCGCUCAUACGUGACAUUGGAGAUUUGAAAACCACGUUGACCGCAAGCGAACCAAGUGCUGAACCAGAACCCGAACCGAGCGCUGAACCCGAACCCAAAGCAGAACCAGAGCCAUCAGCAGAACCGGAACCGAAAGCGGAGCCUGAACCAUCUGCCGAACCAGAACCGUCAGCGGAACCUGAACCUAAAGCAGAACCAGAGCCAUCAGCGGAACCUGAGCCUACGUCGACGCCAGAACCAAAAUCUGAACCCGAACCUGUCGCGGAACCGGCACCGGAACCUACUGCUGAACCGGAGCCAAGCGCCGAACCAGAGCCAGCUGCAUCCACGAAAUCCAAACGCGUGGCUAAGCAUGAGGAUGAUCAACUACAGAGUAUGGAGGGCGUUACAUCGGUUGCGACAAGUGUGUCAUAUCGCGUGAGUUCCUCAGCAGGGCGCAGACGACGUCAAGCUCCAGAAACGAGCACUGAAAACGUACCAAAAUCUGAACCCGAACCAACAGCUGCACCAGAACCGAAAGCGGAACCGGAGCCUUCGGCUGAGCCUGAGCCUUCUGCUGAACCCGAACCUUCUGCUGAACCCGAGCCCAGCGCAGAACCUGAGCCAAAAGCGGAGCCCGAACCAAAAGCAGAACCCGAGCCAAAGGCAGAGCCUGAACCCAGCGCUGAGCCAGAACCGAAGUCAGAGCCGGAACCUAGCGCAGAACCAGAGCCAAAAGCAGAACCGGAACCAAAAUCAGAGCCAGAGCCAAGCGCCGAACCUGAGCCGUCAGCUAAACCAGCACCAUUCUCAAUACCUGAACCAUCUGCUGAACCAGAGCCGUCCGCAGAACCGGAACCGAAAUCAGAGCCAGAACCAAAACCCGAGCCAUCAGCUGAAUCGGAACUACAUACCAAACAAGCUAUUACCAAAAGUGAACCUAAAUUGAGACUGAAUCCAUAUACACCGAAAUUCGAUUUCAAUCCUAUGGAUUGUACAGAUAUAGUUAUUGGCUCGGCACGCGGCAUGGCUAGCAGGGUUGGCGAUUACUAUACACGUGAUCGUUCCACACCACGCAAGGACGAAUUUUACGGUGGCAAAUCCGAUCUUUCACUCGGCACGGGUUUUGAAGAAAAUGGUGUAACCACAAUAAUCUUCCGCAAGAAACUCGUAGCCACAGAGCCAACAGAUCAUACUUUGGACGACGCUUUGACACAUGUCAUCUGGGCAAAGGGCCAAGAACCCGGUCAAUAUGUGCACGUACCAGCUUCAGGCAUCGAAACAGAAGCUGCGUCCGUGAAAGACUUCUAUCAACCUGACGAGCUCAAGUAUCACGGACACAAAAUGCAACGUGGUGUCACACAGCUGAAUUUCUUCGAAAAAGAGAAAGCUGCCACUAUUGAUGGCGUAACGGAGGCCUCCACCAAUUUGUUGGACAACGACUGCAUGGGACAUUGGAAAUAUCCAAGCAAUUGUUCGCCUGAAAAUCACACUUGCGAAUAUUAUGCUCAAUGGGAAACGGUGGGACGCGGUGAUGUGAUGCGUUGGCACAUCGAGACUUCGAACACAAAGACUUGGACCGGCAUUGGCUUUAGCGAUGAUGAGAAAAUGUCGCAAACCGAUGCCAUUAUCGGUUGGGUGGAUCGCAAUGGACGUCCCUUCUUAAUGGAUACAUGGAUUAAUGGUUACGGUGCCCCAAAACUGGAUGUACGACAAGAUAUUAUCGGCACACCGUCCGGGCGCAUUGAGUACGGCGUGACUAUUUUGGAAUUCGAUCGUAAGCGUGUUAGCAAUGAUGAGCAGGACUUAUCGUUCACCGAUGAUCACUGCCUGUAUUUAUUCUUCCCUGUGCUCGGUGGAGCAUUCCAUGCUGUAAACAAGAAAAUGGCCAAGCACGAACGUACGCCGACCAUUUCGUCUACACGUGUCUGCAUUAAGUCCUGCGGCAAAGAACUGGAGAGUAUUAUGAACACAGCAACACCAGCUCCUGAUCGCCUUGUAUAUGCUGUCGGCGUGAAACUCAUGAAACUUGCUGAAUCUUUCGAGGCACCACAACCUGGUACAGUGGAGUUCAAUAACUUGGCCGCUACUAUUUCAGACUCUUUUAAUGGUGUGCUAAAUAGUAUACCAGGUUACUAUAAGACGGAGAUUGUCGGCUUUGAAAAACAAGGCACAACAAUGGUGGCCAAAUUGCAGGCGAUGUUCGAUCGAGCCGAUUAUGAGAAAGGACAUGCUUUGGCAACAAACACCGUUGGCGCGGAUAAUAGCGAAGCUGCUAAAAGCGGUGACAUCGUAAAAGCGGCGUUGCAGGAUAAAAUUGCCACCGGUAAAGUGGGCUCACUUACCGUAGAUCCACAAUUUUUGGACUUCAAGGCGUUAGAAUACAAAGUCGCCGACAAAAGCGAGGACACGCUGCUCUCAUUCUUUGAGCUCUCCGAAGUGCGCUUGUACAUAGUGCUCGGCCUAAUCGCCGCUUUGGUGUUUAUUGCCUUGGUACAAGCGAUUUGCACCAUCUGCAAGACAUCGCGCAAAAACAAAGCACAAAAGGAUAAACUCAUACAAAACUCGCCCUGGAAGGAGUUCGCCUCGAACACCAACUACGCCUUCGACCCUUACGGAGAGACGGAAGAGAAAACUCUCACCACAUCCACCACAGUUGGCGCCUCGGGCAAAGAGAAGUCCCGCCACCGCGCCUCCAACUCAAACAAUCAACCACAAACCGCGCUGCCCAUGUCCCACUCACCCACUAGCAAAUCGCAACUCUACUACGAAGGCGCCAACGGACACGGCGCUAACGGUGAUCACCGCUCGCGCAGUCGCAAUCACUACGAGAACGGCACGCACGACUACCGCAGCAAUGGACGGGCGCAACGCAGCACCGGCAAUAUCGCCGCCGCCACCGCCGCGUCCGCAGCCAAUGAGAACGGUCAUUACGAUCGUUACGAACGCGAACGCAGCAAUGAACGUGGCUACUCGCGCAGCUCAUACGCCGAGCGCGCUUACUCGCUGCCGCGUCAACAGGCGCAACAACAGCAGCACGCCAAUAUGCAGCCAUCCGGCUACUACACGCAAGAGCGCCGCGGCCAUCGACCCACAACAACGGCGGCGCAUGCAGCGCGCGACGAGCGCAACGGUCGCCACUACCGCGACGGUUCGCGUACACGCGAAGAUCCGCGCAUGAGUUCGAGCGGCGGCGCCGACACACCCGACUUCUACUUCAUGCCAUCGCAGCGCAAGUACUCGGGCGAAGUGGUGCGCGUGUAUGUGGACUACAAUAAGGACCCCAACAAUUGAGGUGCGCCGUGGUGCGUGCGGAUUGGAUGUUGUUGGCGGUGUAAUUUCAAAGCUAAAUGUAUGAAUGUAGAUAUUUAUGUGCAGCACAGCAGUUGAUUGGGUUAAAUAGUAAGCCAAAUGCCAAGCGUUGGACUGCCGCUGCAACUUGAAAGCGUUUAUUGUAGAGUCGCGCAUGCGCAGUCUAGCAAACAGUCCACUGCAACCACAAAUAAUUUAGUCAAGAGCAAAACAAUACAAAUAAUUAUGGCGAUUUCCAACCGUUAACGGUUGUGUUCAUCGAUAUCUGUACAUGCGCUUGUGUACAUUGCUAUCGAUGUAGUCGGUGCGUUGGGGGUAUUCAAGUAGCACAAGCAAUACCUCAGGCGAAAUGCGUAAACCUGGAAGCAGCGAGUUAUUUAUGAAAUAAACAAUGAAUAGUAUGCAAAUAAGUACAAUUUUAGAAAGAUAAAAGGAAAGUUAUUUAUUUAAAAUUAUUAUCAGGGUAUUCAUAUUGAGCGUACAAGGAAAUUAAUUAAGAGCUUAAAUAAAAUUAAAAAAAAAAAUCAAUUGAAAGCACAGCUGGAAAACAAAUAGAAAAUGCAUGAAAUAACUGUGCUUUUUUAUUUUGUAUUUUUUGUUUAUUAAAUUGUUCAUCGUGAAUACCCACAGUAAGCACAUAUUCACUUAUACCUUAAAAACCAACAGCAAAGUAACUGAAAGUGAGCGAGUUUUUUACGUGUUAGAAAGUAAAAGCGUCAGUAGUCAUUCUCUCCUUAAAACAUUAUUAAAAAAUAAAUAUAAAAAUAAUAUUAAUAAUAAAAUAAUACAACAAUAUUUUCGAAAUGUAUGU